AUGUGCAGCAACGCGCUUGUAGCUCUGCUGGUUUAUGGGAUAAUCAUGCACUGCAGCGUCUACUGCUCACCUGCGGCUGGACUCCCGUACCCGGCGCUGAGACUGGAAGAUGAAGUGUACGAUGAGGACGGAAACAGCCUCUCGGACUACGCCUUCGACAGCGAGCCCCUCGCGAUCGCCGACCCUUCCUCCAUGCUGGACGACGUUUACACCUUGUACUACCCACCGGAAAAGAGCGGAGCUGGUGGCCUGGAGGAUGACUCGGAACCGCUUUCUAAAAGGCACUCGGAUGGCAUAUUCACAGACAGCUAUAGCCGUUAUCGAAAACAAAUGGCUGUCAAGAAAUACUUGGCAGCAGUCCUGGGGAAAAGGUAUAAACAAAGAGUUAAAAACAAAGGACGGCGAGUAGCUUAUUUGUAG